AUGGUCWAUGAUCGUCUUUAUGGAGUACAAGGUGUAGGUACCCAAAAAUCUCACAGAAAACCAGAUAUGGAUGAUAAUUCCGAUAUAACAAGAUCUCAGGAAAACGUGCUACAUUCUUUAGCUAAGAAAACUCCAAAGGAGCACAAGAUAGAAAAUGCUCAGCGUCUUACUGGAUUUGCAGUUGGGGCUGGAAGCAUGCUUGCUGCACAAGCAAUCACUCAUCCAUUGUUAGUGUUCAGUCGGCAAUGCCAAGUGAACAGUAAUGCACAGAGAUACCACMUAACACCAUUUACAGUAUUCCAAAUCAUGAUGAGACUGGAACAAAAGCAGGGCUUGACUUCACUGUGGAAAGGGUAUGGCAGUACUUACAUUGUCUGUGCAGUGAACUUCUUCAGUGAAGCUGCAUUGAGUUCAUUAACACAGUUGCCAAAAGAAAAACCAACCAUAGAAGAGACAACAAUCAAAGAGGUAGCUUCACAUCUUCUUCUUAAAAGUCUGGGAUUAAUUGUAAGCAUGCCCAUUGCUGCUGCAAGCUUGGUGGAAACAGUUCAGACUGAUCGCAUUCAAAAAGGCCAAAGUGCGCUUGAGAAACUCAAAGACGGUCUCUACAGAUUCGUUGGUUGGAAUCGUUCAUCAGGAGGGCGUGGUCGAUUAUUACCGAUGUGGACUAUAGGAAUGCCUACUGUUUUAUAUGGUCUUGUGCACUACAUCUUCGAGACAUGCGCACAGCACUGGGUCCUAUUAUCAAUGCGUCAAGUGGGUCUAUAUGGGUCAUURAAGGAGUCCGAAGAUGACCCUCACACCCCAAACGACAUGACCCAGUGUUAUUACCCAGAACUUGUUGCUAAUUUCAUGGCGUUUGUCGUUCCUGAUAUACUACUGUAUCCGUUCAGUACUGUGCUACAUCGUCUUUAUAUUCAAGGCACGAGGACAAUUAUUGAUGAUUUGGAUAACGGCUACGAUGUUGUGCCUCUCAGUACAAAUUACAUUGGAAUGAUGGACUGUUGUGCUACUAUYUGGCGUGAAGARGGUUUUCUUGGUUUCUACAGAGGGUUUGGUGCUCUGCUUGUUCAAUGCAUCAUUUAUUUUAUUGUUCUAAAGAUCACUAAGUUCAUUUAUGUGAGCUUAUCUCAAGACUUCAAAGGGAAAAAAUAAGAGAAACGACUUGGUAUAAGAUACAAAAUGUAGAAAAAAGCAAUGCGUUUUCAAUU